GUUGGAUAAUAUUUCGACGUGUUACGAGAAGAAAAAUAGGAAGAUAAACUUAAGUGGUCGAUUGGAUCCUUCAAACUUGUAAGAAAAAAUGCUUCUGGUUCUGAUGUUACCUAUGUGCUGCGAUAUCCUCACUUGAUGCACACUGUUAAUGCUAACACAUGCCAGAAACUACAGAUAUUAAAGUCUCUAGAAUUAUAUAAUAAUUUUUUUCUGUGGAUUGGUUCUGGACAUUAAAUUUAUCGGUGGGAAAGAACAAUCAAGAAGAUGACCUCAUAAGUGACACUGCAAAGAUCACCUGUCCUGCUGAAUGUCCAGACUGAAGACCUCCACCAGCUCCCAUCUUCUGCCCCUGGUUCGAGAGGGGUUUCUCUCUGGCCACAAUGAGUGAAGUUGUCAUUGUGAAGGAGGGAUGGCUUCACAAGCGAGGAGAAUACAUAAAGACAUGGAGGCCACGGUAUUUCUUGCUUAAGAGUGACGGAACAUUUAUUGGGUACAAAGAGCGACCGCAAGAUGUCGACCAGCUGGAGACUCCACUCAAUAACUUCUCAGUGGCCCAAUGUCAGCUGAUGAAGACUGAGAGGCCAAAGGCGAACACGUUUAUUAUUCGGUGCCUGCAGUGGACUACUGUUAUUGAACGCACCUUUCAUGUUGAGACCCCAGAGGAAAGGGAGGAAUGGACGAAGGCCAUCCAGGCUGUGGCAGAUAGUCUACAGAAGCAGGAGGCAGAGAGAAUGGACUCUUCGCCCGACCCCAUGGACAUGGAGAUGUACCUGUCCAAACCUCGCCUCAAAGUGACAAUGCAUGACUUUGAAUACCUCAAACUCUUGGGGAAAGGCACUUUUGGGAAGGUCAUUUUGGUGAAGGAGAAAGCCACAGGUAAAUACUAUGCCAUGAAAAUCCUCAAGAAGGAGGUGAUAGUAGCAAAAGAUGAGGUAGCACACACACUUACUGAAAACAGGGUCCUCCAGAACUCCAAACAUCCCUUCUUAACCGGUCUUAAGUAUUCUUUCCAGACUCAUGACCGCUUAUGUUUUGUUAUGGAGUAUGCAAAUGGAGGGGAGCUUUUCUUUCAUUUAUCGCGAGAUCGAGUAUUUUCGGAAGAGAGAGCGCAGUUUUACGGGGCAGAGAUCGUCUCAGCUCUGGACUACCUCCAUUCUGAAAAAAACGUUGUUUACAGAGACCUAAAGUUGGAGAACCUAAUGCUGGAUAAAGAUGGCCACAUAAAGAUAACAGAUUUUGGCCUGUGUAAGGAGGGAAUUACAGAGGGCACUACAAUGAAGACAUUCUGUGGUACGCCAGAGUAUCUCGCUCCAGAGGUUCUUGAGGACAAUGAUUACGGUCGAGCAGUGGACUGGUGGGGGCUGGGCGUGGUCAUGUACGAGAUGAUGUGCGGCCGGCUGCCCUUCUAUAACCAGGAUCAUGAAAAGCUCUUUGAGCUGAUCCUCAUGGAUGAGAUCCGUUUCCCUCGCACGCUUGGACCCGAGGCAAGAUCACUGCUGUCAGGCCUGCUUCAAAAAGACCCCAGGCAGCGGUUAGGCGGAGGACCAGACGAUGCGAAAGAAAUCAUGCAGCAUAAGUUCUUUGCGGGCAUUGAGUGGCAAGAUGUUUAUGAGAAGAAGCUUGUUCCACCCUUUAAGCCCCAGGUAACCUCAGAAACAGACACUCGCUAUUUUGAUGUGGAGUUUACAGGCCAGACCAUCACCAUCACGCCCCCAGGCCAAGAUGAAACCAUGGAGUGCUUUGACAGCGAUAGAAGACCCCACUUCCCUAAAUUCUCAUACUCUGCCAGUGGCACAGCAUAAAAAAGCCAUGAAAACAGUUUCAAAUGCACAAACACACCCGUUUUCCCUGAGGCACUGCUGACAACUUAUCCAACGCCGUUGCCACUUAAGUAGUAACCCCCUCCCCAGACUUGGUUCACAUUGUGAAGAUUUCACCAGUGGUCAUUAUUUGGUUAAUGAAUUAAGAACUGCAUAUUAGCAGUUUCUGUUUGAAACAGGCUUGGUUCUCUUUACUAGGUGCAGUUGGUACAAUUGUUCGAUAUGCAUAAUGUGCAUUGUGAAUAAUGAAGACACUUCUAACACAAUAAUUUGGUACGUUUCUGGCAACAGAGUAUUUCUUGUGUAAAUGCAAAAUAAAUAACACACAGACCCUUUGAUUUAAAUAGAGUUGGAGUGAACAUUAUGUCAGAAGUAUUGGUUACUGUAUGUUCACUCACAUUUCUACCACAACCCACAAUUCACAAGUGCACCUAGUUUUCAAGACUUUAGUAAAACUUUAGUAAAAGUGGUCCGUUUUAUUGAAAAAUGUGUUAUUGUAGUUUAUCAUGGUUUCUGUCCUGAGGACAUGAUAUUACCUGAAUACCAAAGAAAUUAUGAUUUACAGAGAUCAAAAACAACAGCGAUACUUGUAAGUGGAAUGAUUUUAUUCUCUUUCACACAAAUAGUUUUUUUUUUUUCUUGUAGAACUACAGUCAUGAUGGAUUGUAUCAUGCCUUCGUGCUAUUGAGGACCUCACUAUUUGCAUAAACUUUGCAGGAUUGAACUGAAGUUUGAUUGCCAAUAUUUUUUAAUAUGUAAUUUCACCCUAAACCUACUGUAAGUGCAUACAGUAGCAAGAAAAAUUAUGUGAACCUUUUGGAAUUAGCUGGUUUUCUGCAUUAAUUGGUAAGAAAAUGUGAUCUCAUCUUCAUCAGAGUCACAAAUAUAGACAAACAACAAUGUGCUUAAGCUAACAACACACAAACAAUUACAAUGCAAAGUUUUUGGUGGAAAGCAGCGGCUUCCUUCGUGGUGUCCUGCCAUGGACACAUGCCUGUUUAAUGUUUUCCAUAUAGUAGACUCAUGAACAGAGAUGUUCACCAGUUCCAAUGAUUCCUUCAAGUCUUUAGCUGUAACUCUAGGGUUCUUUUUUAUCUCACUGAUCAUUCUGCGGUGUGCCCUAUAAGUCAUCUUGGCUGGACAGCUACUUCUAGGGAGAGGAGCCACAGUACUAAAUCCUCUCCAUUUAUGGACAAUUUGCUUAACUGUGGACAGAUGAAAAUGUAAGCUCUUCGACAUAACUUUGUAGCCCUUUAAAGCUUAAUGCACAGCAACAAUUCUUGAUCGUAGGUCUUCUGAGAUCUCUUUUGUGAGAGGCAUGUUCCAUGUCAGCAGAUUCUUCUUGUGAAUAGCAAACUCAAAAUGUUUGAGUGCUUUUUAUUAGUCAAAGUAGCUCUAACCCACACCUACAAUCUUGUUUCAUUAAUUGGGUGCCAUAUUUGCCAACUCCUGACUCUAAUUAGCUUUUGUUGACGUCAUUAACAUUCACAAUCACAUACUUUUUCCAUCCUACACUGUGAAUGUUGAAUUAUGUAUUCAAUAUGUACAAGAACAAUACAAUAAUUUGUCUGUUAUUAGUUAAAACAGACUGUGUUUGUUCAUUAUUGUAACUUACAGUAGAUGAUCAAACCAGGUUUUAAGACAAAUGUAUACAUAAAUGCAGGUUCACAUACUUAAUCUUGCCACUGUAAGCCAUUUUCAGAACCACAGAUUACAGCAUGUAACCUCAAAUUUGUAGGAUUAGUUGAGAAUAUUUUCUAGUUAUAAUGAUUUUUUUGCAGGAAAUUAUUUAAAUGUCCUUGCAAUUUAUACAAAAUAUAUCUACUGUCAAGUUGAUGCGAGACGAGAAUAUUCUUUUGUAAGGGUUUAAUUGCUAAAUGUCAAGAACCAAAAAAAAAAAAAAAAAAUGACAGAACAUUUAUUUUUGUAUUCAUGUGAAUUUGUUGUUACACCAGAGAAUGGCUACACUGCAUCAACACAGUAAAAAUUGCCAAAAAAUUCUACAUGUUUAAUGUUUAAAACUCUCCUUACAUAGUUUAACAAUUUGCAGGUUUUUGGUUCACAUGCCUAGUAGUUCCCAAUAUUUAUUGUCGUUUUUACGCUAGUUGUAGCUUAUAUGAAUUUAUACAAAAAUUGACAUUUCAAGGAAGUCUUUACUAAACUUUCAAGACCGUUGUUUAAGAAAACAGUACUGCAGUCUAUUCAAUCAAAAUAAUGUGGUUUCUUUCAUUGUUUUAAAUUGUUUAUUGAAAAAAACUGUCUUUAUGAUAUGAACAUUUCUUUUGUUUGAAUUGACAAGUCAACAACAAAUUCUGGUUUUACAAAAAUGUAAUCGCAUUACAUGCGUGGCGGUUGUAAUUUGUAUAUUUGCAGGCCUCUGCAAAUGUGCCAUAAUUGUUUCAUUACAUUAUGAAAUAAUAAUUUGAAAGAUGCUGUUUCAGCAUUUUGCCCUUAGAUAAAACAUUUGAAAAAAUUUGCACAGACCAAACAUUUCCAAGAAUUGAUUUGGUCCUUAUUUGAAUAAUGAAUGAUGACCCAAAAAUACCAUUGAAUGUAAGAUGCUGGUCUAUGACUUUCUCUAUCUUUUCCUUUCUUUUUUUUUUUUCUACUUUGCUUUUAUAUUUUGUAUAGUUUUUUUCUAUUUCAUGUUUAAGUGAAACAUUUUGUAUUGAUACACCCCGUAUCUAAAUAACAAGGCUGGUUUUGAGAGAAAUGUUCACAGUUUAAUUUAUUUUCUUAUUUUACAUGUUAGUGGAGGGCGGACUGAGGGACAAAUUUAAUAUACCAUGUUUUAAAAAUUACGAUCUUUUUUUUUUAAUUUAUUUUUAUUUUUUUAUGACACCAUCUGCUGUCAUGUUUGCCUCCCACCUUUAGAAGACAGAUGUCUACACUUAUACUGAUUGUGUUGAACUAAGUGCACAAAGUGCAAGAAAGCCUUUACAGAAGACAAAAUUAAUUCAAGGAGUUUAAUUAAUUUAAAUAACAAACAUUACUGCUGUCAUGUGUCAGGGUUUUACAAGAAGCUGUUUCUAUAUCACUCCAAAAAUAAAAUGUUGGAUUUAAUUAA